UUUUAAAAUUCGUUUUUCACAUAGUGACCCCUGGGCGCAUGCUGUACGGAGUGUUAGCAUUGUAAAAGUCACCAUUAACGUUCCUUUAAAUAGUACUCAAAAACCUCUCUCUUUUAUUCAUCAUUCUGUUCUGUUUUUCUUUCUUCUUUUUUUGGUACAUUUUCUCCUUUUUGCUAAACAAGAAAAUUCUCGCCGGAAUUAUCGGCCGACACGUAACCAUUUCUCCGAAUCCGACGUACCAAUUCGAAACAUUCAAACUAAAUAUUAAGAGCUUUUGCAAAAAUUCUUCAUAUUUUGACUAAGUUGAUUGGUUGCUUUUUUGUCCGUGCUGUUUAUUAGAGAUGCCGCCAGCUGCCGCAGUUGUUGGACACCACCGUGUAGUACCGUUGGGACCCACUCCGGUGGUGCAACCACCACCCCCGACCACCAUGGUGUCGGAGACAUUUGCUAAGGACGCAAUAUUAGCGUGGUUCAGGGGAGAGUUUGCUGCAGCAAAUGCCAUUAUAGAUGCGCUUUGUAACCAUAUAACUCAGCUUGAAGGUGGGGGAUCGGAGUAUGAAUCGGUAUUUGCAGCCAUUCAUCGCCGGAGGCUUAACUGGAUCCCAAUUCUUCAGAUGCAGAAGUACUGUUCCAUUGCCGAGGUUACACUCGAUCUAAAGAAAGUCGCUGAGAUAAAGAUGAAGGAGAAAGAGGAGGAGUUUACAGUAUCGAAAGAGUGCGAUACACAAGUGAACGAGACAAGUAGUCAUUCAGUGGAGAGCUACGAAAAUGGAGGAAGCGAGUUGGUGUAUGGAGAUGAUUCUCCUGAAAGUGAGAUAACUGAUACAGGACCCUUAAUACAACCUGUGCUAGAAAGUGUUGAAUUCUGCUCAAACCAUGAGGACUGUGAGGCAAGGAAUGCCCACAUCAAGAUGACAAAGGGGUUUGUGUCGAAAGAGCCAGUCAAAGGGCAUAUGGUGAAUGUAGUACGAGGUUUGAAGUUAUACGAGGACAUAUUUACUCCAAAUGAAAUCUCUAAACUAAAUGGUUUAGUGAACGAACUUCGUGUUGCUGGCCAGAACGGUGCUCUCUCAGGUGAAACUUUUAUUUUAUUCAACCAGCAAGUGAAGGGAAACAAAAGAGAGAUGAUUCAGCUUGGGACCCCAAUAUUCGGACAUGUUAAAGAGGAGGCCUUGUGUCAAAAGAGUAACAUUGAACCCAUUCCAGCUCUUCUACAAGGUGUCAUAGACCACCUGAUUCAGUGGAAUCUCAUAUCAGAAAGUAGAAGACCUAACAGCUGUGUCAUCAACUACUUUGAUGAGGGGGAGUACUCACAGCCUUUCGUGAAACCACCUCAUUUGGAACAGCCAGUGUCUACACUUCUCCUCUCAGAAUCAAUGAUGGCAUUUGGUAGAGCCCUUGUAAGUGACAGUGAUGGGAACUACAAAGGAUCAUUCAAGCUUUCUCUAAAAGAAGGGUCCCUAUUAGUCAUGAGAGGAAACAGUGCAGACAUUGCCAGACAUGCCCUGUGCUCAUCAGCUAGCAAAAGAUUUGUUAUUACAUUCUUCAAAGUAAUAACAGAGAUGAAUAGUUUCGUCUCAGAUCAAAUCCCCCCUCUGACUAAAGCAAUGACCUUAUGGCAACCUGGUGUCCCAACACGCUGUUCAACUGCAGAUGGAGCAGCUAAUGGUUAUAAGAUAAUGGAUGCGAUACCUAAAUGGGGUUUGCUUCGAGCUCCAGAAGUUAUGCUAGAUCCUGUGCGACCAAUGAUUCUAAGCCCCCGAAGGAUUCCAACUGGUGGUACUGGUGUCUUUCUUCCAUUGUCAAGAAAACCUGCAAAACAUGUUCCACCACGUGCCCAGAAAAGGAGGUUUCUUGAGCUACCUUCCCCUUGGGACUCGCCUAAGUCAGAGAGCAGUUCAGAAGCAAGUAUGGAAGUUUAGACCGAGUAAGAUCGGAGACAUUCCCUAAAACACCACUAGUGUUGCAUUCAAGAGUUAUCCAACAUCCCUUGCGCAUUGCUUCUUCUCUACCACGAGUAUGAAUCUUCUGCGUCUUUUUACUUCCUCCAAAGAUUUUCCAUUUUUUACUCAGGUGUUGGCUGAUAUACCUUUUACAGUUUACUUAUGCUAACCAUGAGAGGCUUUAGAUAAUUUGAGUUUAGUCAAUUGAGUGUAUUUAUCCUUUACAGAAUGCUGAAUUUUUACUUUUUCGAUCAAUCUCUUCAAGGAUGGUACAGGUUGAUUUUGAUGUAAUUACAUUCUAUUUCUCUUCUUUAUAUAUUUUUUCCAUGGUUGAGUG